AAAAUUUACGAGUUCCAAUAGCGCAUCAGAUGUUUACGCUGGUGUGGCAUAAACAACAAACAUUAAGUGAUACUUUGUAUAUAUAUAUGGUACUUACUUCGUCGCGUGGUAUGCAAAGUACUUGCGGUACUACGGGUAAAGCUUACUUGUACCGUUUUGUCUCCUGUUGAAUAAACGCUGGUGUGUGGGAUCCCAACGUUACUGCGACUAGCACAAUGCAUCACCGAAACAUGUUUUUCGGUGCUCUUGCUUCUAUCUUCUGCUUCGGAGCAGUUUUCGCGGCUGCAGCAGCAGACGAAUGGACACCGGAAGCGAAGGGAACAUCCAUAGUCAAAGCUGCGUUAAAAAAGCUGCACGAUUCAAAAAUAUUUCCGGAUGACCAUGACCUGAUGCGGCGUAUUGGAUGGGUUGAAUCGAAAGAUGGAAACGACGCCGGAACUUAUCGGGCAAAUUAUCACGGUGGCAUAUGGCAGGUUGACAACAUCGGCUUUGUGGAUACACAAACGCAUCCUACGGCCAAGAAAAAGCUGCACGCUAAGAUAAAGGAAAAAUACGGACUGGACUGGACAAAGGUCACCUGGCAGGAACUUCGAAAGCCGGCGCUAAGUGCUUUGGCAGCCAGAGCCAAACUGUACAUCACCGGCCGACCUUCCUCUUGUUUACAAGCUAUUCCUACAGGGCUGCAGGAGCAGGCGCAGUAUUGGAAGAACUGUUACAACUCUGCAGCCGGUGCUGGGACAGUAGCGAAAUUCUUAGCAGAUGUUGCGCGAAUGCCAUCAUAAAAGCUAACGCUUUGCGCGCAUUAUUAAACAGUAAUAACCGUAACCAGUGUUGGAUAAUACAUACACGUGUGUUCUGCUAAACACAACCCCAAAGAACAUAAUGGCAAGGUAUUUUAUUCACCGAUCAAAUGUUUGCGUAUUACUCUAAGCUUUAUACAGUGAACGAUCGAACCAGUAAAAUACUUAUUAGAGUA